AGUAGUUUGAAUACCUUGCGUGAAGUAUGUGGCGUGAAUGGUGGAAAUGAGUUUUAUUAAUUAUUCUACUUUAAAUAAUACUGUGUAAAGAGAACUUAACAUCGAGACAGAGCAAAAGUAGUGCAUUGUGUGUGUCUUUGCCGUGCAAUUUUCUCCCAUGUGACGCGUUUGCUCUUGAGUGGGAAAGCCAGAGAGUGAAAUAUUAGUGGUAGAGAAACAAUCAUUACAGGGUAAAACUGUUAUAUAAUUAUUGGAGUGUGCUUUCGGCAGUGAAAAGAAGUGCACAAUGAAAGCUCCAGUGGGAAUUGUGCUGAUAUUCCUCUCCUCACUGACUUUGGGGAAGAAUGCAACCCUCGAGGAGCGAAUAAGGGAUGAUUCGGAUUUGUCACAGUUUUACUCCCUCUUGGAGAGGAAUCAAGUCGCCAUGGCCUCACUGAAGUACCGCUCUUUGACCCUCUUCGCACCCACGAAUGAAGCUUUCCAGCGCUUUUCCGGCAACACAACACACGUCCUCUAUCAUAUGUCAACCGUGGCCACAACAUUGGAACAACUGGGUGCGACAAUAUCGUCGGAUUUGGAGGGAAAUCCACCGAUGUACAUCACGAGGAGGGGGAAAGCGUCCCAGGAGCAGAUUUAUAUAAACAAUGCUCUCGUCCUGCGAUCCAGGUCGAAUGUUCAACUGCAGAACGCCGAUGGGAGAAAGCAAGUACUUCACGUAAUUGAUGAUGUUCUGCAACCCUUGACAGUCCUUCCUUCGUCAUCCAUUGAGCUGUUUAGUCCGGACGCCUUUCAGUUCUUGACUUACUCCGAGAGUCUAGACAUAAAUUCCCACCGUAUGCGCUCAUAUCGUGAAAAAGUGAUUAUGAAUAAGAAGGAAAUUGUAUUUCAAGCCGUUGGCAGUCACACCUAUUUCAUUCCCGUUGACGAGGGAUUUAAGCCGCCGCCGAGAGCUGACUUGUUCGACAAGAAGGUUAUUGAUGGACACAUCAUACCCAAUCGGGUGUUCUUCACCGCCGCCGCUCCUUAUGGUGAUCCCCUGCCCACGCUGGCCUUCGAAGACAACUUGAAGGUGCAAAUCACGUUCAGCCAGUCUGAUAGCAAACCCUCCAAAAUUUACGUGACAUCGAACACGGUGAUUGGCGACGGAAAGCAUACACCUGGAAACGUCCUGGCGGAAGUGGUGAAGGCGAAUAUUCCCGUGAGGAACGGAGUUGUUCACCUCAUCAGCCGGCCAUUGAUGAUUGUCGAUAACACUGUGAAGGAGUUCCUGGAGGACAAGGAGGACGGGCCACUGAAUAAAUUCUACGAAGUCAUCAUGAAAGUGGGCAGUGACUUUAUGCAGAGCAUCAACGGGAUGAAGAACGUCACACUUUUCGCUCCGAGCAACGAAGCCUGGGCGACAUCAAAUUUGGACAACCUAAUAAAGGACACGAACAGAAUGCGUGAUAUCCUGAACCUGCACAUCGUGAAGGACAGCUUGACAAUUGAUAAGAUUAAGAAGAAUAACGUCAAUUCGAUUUCCCAAGUUGCCACGAAUGCCGAUAAGAAGUUCUUGUACUUCAACGUAAUCGCUGACCAGGAUAAUAACGAAACGGUUACAGUUGAGGGCGGAGGCGUAAACGCCACCCUUAUUCAGGCCGACAUCGCCGCUACAAAUGGAUAUGUACACAUCAUUGACCGAGUUCUCGGUAUUCCAUAUACAACGGUCUAUCAAAAGCUCAAGUCCGACCCGAUGUUGAAUCAAACCUACCAUUUGGGCAUGUUGCCUCGCUUCAACGACCAACUAGACAACCCAAAGAGGAAGUACACAUUCUUCGUGCCAAGGGACAAAGCGUGGAGAAAUUUGGACAGGACUUGGCCUUCCACCUACAAAAAGCUCUUCAUGCCAGCAUUCUCCUAUCACGCUUCUUCCAUUCUCGAGCGCCACGCCAUUCUGGCCGACAAGGCUUACACCAUGGCUGACCUGAAGGCGAUGGCGAAUGAUUCGGUGGUUGUUCUGCCAGCAAUGAGGGGUAUUCUGAAGCUGAAAAUCCGAGAGGAAGAUCGACAGGAAGAUAACAAUAUGCACAAUCCUCAUCAUCAAGAACAACCAAUUUUAAAUUCUGGAUAUUCUAUCCAAUUUAACAAUCGAUGGAUUAACGUGUUCCGUCCGGAUGUUGAGUGCACGAAUGGAGUCAUCCACGUUAUCGAUUUCCCGCUUCUUGAGGAGAGCGAUGUAAAAAUCAACGUUGAUAUGACGUCAUCGUCUGAGCGAUUAAAGGAAUCAUUGCUGCAAUGCAUUCUUCUUGUAGUUAUUUUGAAAACUGUAUGCCUCAAAUUCUAUUGAUACGAUUACUUAAUGAUUUAUACAGAAUAUUUUACCUCUUUUCUUACCAAUUGAUGUGUUGACAAAGUAGAAUUCAGAGAGAAUACUUCUUUUCUGUGCUAAAAGAUUAAUUACAUUGAAACUGCCAGUGAAAUAGAUUUCAGCUACACCAGCAUUAUCUUUGAACAUCACCUCUCAUAGCAAACUUUGACAAAUUAAUAAAUAUAGAAAUUGACCUUUGGAAAAAUCAGUGCAACACUUGAAGUAUUAUUAUUAUAUUUUGUGUCUUUCCUUUGUCUCUCCUAAGAAAGUAUUGGACUAUACCAAAUAUAUUAUUUAGUACAAGGCGGAUUUUAUUAUAUGGCGUUGUUCCAUCAGGUGAAAGCGAAUGGUAAAGUUGGUUCCCAAGAAAAUAUAUUGACGUAUAUAUUUUUCUAAUAUUCAACAUAACAGAGCUGAUAAAUGUCUGUAUCAUACAUAGAAUAUCCCGCGAUAUUACAUAUAUUUUGUGAAAUUGAAUAUGAAAUAGCAAAGCUUGAGUAUUAUUUUUGUAUCUUUGCAUAAAUGAUUUGAAAAUUGUAAUGCGAUAUCACAUAGAGAGUAAGAAGAAUUGAAGUUAUAUUCAUAAAAAAAACGAAAAUAAAUUAUUCUAAAGUAGAUAAAGACAUAAUAGGACAAUUAUCUAUCACUUAUUGCCUUUCAAAUAAAAGAGGAAGAAAAACUUGGAACUGUAGAAACUUAUUUGAACAAUAAAAUGUAAAAUUUUAGGAUAAUUAAUCAAAUUAUGUGACGAUAAAGUCAUUAUCGCAGUAAACAUGUCACAAACUCCAUGCAAAUUUUUAUCGAUAAGUUUUAUGGAAAGUGCUGCAUAAUUGUAAAAGGAAAGGUGAAACAUGCGUGUGAAUUAUGAUAAUAACAAUAUUAUAAGCAAUUUGAUUUGACACGAAUUUUCAAUUUUGUAUGAUGCCUAAAACUUGAGGUAAAGUGUAUAUUUAUUUUUAUAGUUUGUACUCCUUUUAUAAUACUAUGGUUUUGCCUACAAAAUGUCAAAACAAGUGUAUAUUGAAAUAUUCCUAGAAUCUGCAAGAGAAUGAGAAAAAAUUGGAAAUAUUGAAGAAUAAUGUUAAAUAGAUGUUGCAAAAUCAAAAUUUAAAAAUAUAUGUGUCAUGAAUGAGGAAAUAAUAGCUUUGAGUUUUGCGAAUAAAAGUCGUAUUCACAUUUUCUAAGUUAGAUUAAUUAUUUCCAUAAUUUUCUCAGUAUAAUAUCAAUUUCUUAUCAUAUCAUCCAGCAAUCUGUUUGCAAUGGCUUACUACUGAAAUGAAAUAAGUAAAGAAAUAUAGGACAAAAAAUAAUGACUAUAAGAAACAAAACGUAUAUAAUUAUUUUUCUUAUGGUUACACACUUCGAAAGACAAAUUUGAUGCAAAUGCUGAAAACAUGACAACAUUAAUAGCCAUCGAUUUAUAUUAAAUGUAAUAUUUUGAACGCUAGUGUAACAAAACAUUGAGAAACAAGGAUAAAUAAAAUAUUUUCUUGCCUCUAGAA